UCAGAAGAAGCCAGCUUCGCAGCCCACCCCUCCCAAAAAAGCAAUUGGCCCAAACCGCCCCCUCGGUUCUUUUUCCACCUUUCAAAAUAAAACCCUAAAAAAAAAUAAUUAAAAGAGAGAGAGAAAGAUAGGAAAAAUCCGAGCUUUGUCUUUGAUUCCACCUGUGAUGCGUGUUGCCUGAUCGAACCGGCCCCACUGUUAUUUCCUCGCCAUGGUUGCCACUGCUGCUGCCUCUGCUUUCUUCCCCCUCGUCUCUCCGUCUUCAGCAAAGCCGUCGAUGGUGCUUGGCGGUGGAGGUUUGGAUAAUCUUGAUACUCAUGGGAUCAAACCCCGGUCCUCGUCUGGGGGCCUUCAGGUCAAGGCCAAUGCCCAAGUUGCUCCCAAGAUCAACGGCACCAAGGUGGGUCUGACGACGCCGCUGGAGAGUGCUAGGGACGAGGAUGCCGUGGCCACCCCGUCGGGGCCUUCCAAGAGGACUUUCAUUAACCAGCUGCCAGAUUGGAGCAUGCUUCUUGCGGCCAUCACGACCAUCUUCUUGGCGGCUGAGAAGCAGUGGACAAAUCUCGAUUGGAAGCCAAGGCGGCCCGACAUGCUGGUUGACUUCGACCCGUUCGGUCUGGGGAGGAUUGUCCAGGAUGGGCUUAUUUUCAAGCAGAAUUUUGCAAUCAGGUCGUAUGAGAUAGGUGCUGAUCGAUCAGCGUCCAUAGAGACGUUAAUGAAUCAUUUGCAGGAGACAGCCCUCAACCAUGUGAGGGGCGCCGGGCUCCUGGGUGAUGGUUUUGGUUCCACGCCUGAGAUGAGUAGGAGAGAUCUGAUAUGGGUAGUGACUAGGAUGCAGGUUCUUGUGGAUCGCUACCCUUCUUGGGGUGAUAUUGUUGAGGUAGAUACUUGGGUCUCGGCAUCUGGAAAGAAUGGGAUGCGACGUGAUUGGCUUGUUCGCAACAGUCAGACAGGCGAAACUCUGACACGUGCUACCAGUGUUUGGGUGAUGAUGAAUAAACGGACUAGAAGAUUGUCCAAAAUGCCGGAAGAAGUUAGAGGGGAAAUAGAACCUUAUUUUAUCGAGCAUGCUGCUAUCUUGGAUGAGGACAGCCGAAAACUGCCAAAGCUCGACGAUAGCACUGCAGAUUAUAUCCGAAGAGGCUUAACUCCUCGAUGGAAUGAUUUGGAUGUCAAUCAGCAUGUGAACAAUGUCAAAUACAUUGGCUGGAUUCUCGAGAGUGCCCCAUCCUCGAUCCUGGAGAGUCAUGAGCUUUAUGGCAUGACUCUCGAAUAUAGGAGGGAGUGCGGGAGGGACAGUGUGCUGCAGUCCCUCACUGCAGUAUCUGGUGACUGUACUGGCGGCUCGCCUGUAGCCGGGGUUGAGUGUAACCACUUGCUCCGGCUUGAUGAUGGGGCUGAGAUUGUGAGGGGAAGGACAGAGUGGAGGCCCAAGCGCACCAACUUUGGAAGCGUGGGUCAGAUUCCGGCUGAGAAUGCAUAGCUGCCUAACGCAUUAUAUGAUGACAGGUAAUAAGGUGUGUAUUCCAUGUGCAGAUCCAAACAGCCCCAAGGGUGGCAAUGGGCCGGGUUUAGAUCUGGCGGGUACCUGUUCUUCUUCUGAUUAUCCUCUCCUCCAGGUGGGACCAAUAAUUAUAAGGUCUUUAUCUUUUGAUAAAAGAAAACAAUAAUAAAAGCUGUCUUGGGAUCAUGAUAACAGCUGCUUCCUGUCUUUAGAAUAGUAAGACAAAAUAAAGAAGAAUAGUCGAAGAGAUGGAAGGGCGAGGGUUUUCUUUUUCCUGCAGGACAAGUAACCAUGGAAAAUGCAUGUAUGUUAACAAAGCACGCGUGCAUAUCUACCCAACAAUGACAUCCCUCCCAUAUUUUCUUUUCUAGCCCUUCUGUCAAUCUUUAUUAUUAUUAUUAUUUUUAAAGCUUUUGUUGUUGUUCA